AGAUGGCUUAGCAAGUUGUGAUAUUAACACGUCACCCUCAGUUCCCCUCUCGGAGAGACAAGUGGUUGGUAGCUAUGAGGAGGACGCUGGCGACGAAGAGCUGGGAGGAGUCGAAGCUGCUAUGGCGUCUGGCCUUCCCGGCGGUCCUGACCGAGGUGUUCCAGUUCUCCAUCGGCUUCGUCACCGCCAGCUUCGUCGGGCACAUCGGCGUCGUCGAGCUCGCCGCGGUCACCGUCGUCGAGAGCAUCCUGGAGGGCUUCGCCUACGGAGUCCUGUUCGGCAUGGGGUGCGCGCUGGACACGCUGUGCGGGCAGGCGGUGGGCGCCGGGCAGCUGGACCUGCUGGGCGUGUACGUGCAGCAGUCAUGGAUCGUCUGCGGCGCGGCCGCGGUGGCGCUCACGCCGGCGUACGCCUUCGCCACGCCGAUCCUGGGGUCCCUCCUCCGGCAGCCGGCCGCCGUCGCGGCCGCCGCGGGGCCGUACGCGCGGUGGGCGAUCCCGCGGCUGCUCGCGCACGCCGCCAACUUCCCGCUGCAGAAGUUCUUCCAGACGCAGAGCAGGGUGUGGGCCCUGACGGCCAUCACCGGCGCCGCGCUCGCCGCCCACGUCGCGCUCACCUACGUCGCCGUCAACCGGCUCAGGUACGGCCUCCGCGGGGCGGCCGUCGCGGGCAACGUCUCCUACUGGCUCAUCGACGCCGCGCAGUUCGCCUACCUGGUCAGCGGCCGGUUCCCCGACGCGUGGAAGGGGUUCUCCGUUGUCGCCUUCAGGAACCUCGCCGCCUUCGUCAAGAUCUCCCUCGUGUCCGCCGCCAUGAUCUGCUUGGAGUUUUGGUACUACGCCGCAUUACUCAUUCUGGUGGGUCUCCUCAAGAAUGGCCAGCUCCAGCUUGAUAUCAUGUCAGUCUGCAUCAACUACGAGUUCUGGACCAUGAUGGUGGCGCUGGGCUUGAGCGAAGCAGUCAGCGUCAGGGUGUCGAACGAGCUCGGAGGGAGCAGACCCAAGGAGGCCAAGUUCGCGGUGGCCGUGGCGGCGAUAACAUCCGCACUCAUCGGGGCCACCUUCAUGGCCGUCUUCUUCAUCUGGAGGAGAGGCUUGCCUAGGCUCUUCAGCGACGACGAGGACGUGGUCGACGGAGCGGCGAGACUGGGGUACCUGCUCGCCGUCACCGUCUUCUUCGGCAGCAUCGGGCCAGUGCUCUCAGGCGUGGCCGUGGGGGCGGGGUGGCAGAUGCAGGUGGCAUUCGUGAACAUCGGUUGCUACUACUUGGUGGGCAUUCCGGUUCAUCGACGAACCGAAGAAGAAAUUAUGUGUUGUUCAUCUGAUGAUGGAUGGAUGCAGGGGGUAUGGACGGGCAUGCUAACAGGCACGUUGCUACAGAUGGUUAUACUUCUUCUCACCAUUAAGAGAACAGAGUGGGAGAAACAGGCCUUGUUGGCAGCGGCGAGGAUCAAGGAGGUUGGAGGGAAGAAUGAAUACCACCCAUUGACCACAACGGCAUGUAGAGAAGACGAUCAAAUGGAUACUGCAAAUGAUGGGGUUGAUAUGCAAACACGCGAGAGAAGUAUAGAGUUAGCUAGAGUGUAACGAACAUGCAUUAGUAUAGAGUUCGUCUGUUUUCCCGUGCUUGCACUGAUCAUUUGAUCCAAGUUGUUUUUUUUUUCGAAACGAUUUGAUCCAAGUUGUCAAAUACGGAGAAGCAAGGAUAGAGUAGGUGGCCCAUUUCAUCACUGUCACGCUACUACGACAUCUCUUUUCUUGUCCGAAG